AUGUCUACCGCAUCCCCCAUCAGAGGCUAUAUAUCCUCUUACGCUCCUCGACUCCGACAAUAUAGCAACGCGUUACUGACCCCAAUUAUACCCCCAACACAAGUCGGACCGUCGCGGACUACGAAGCGUGGUACAACAGCCAUCAACUACGCUGAAGAUGGCUUUGACGAUGAUGACUUUGACGAAAGCGAUGGACCGCGACGACCUACAGGACUGCGAAGUCUAAGACGAGAAGACUCGAGCUUGGACAGAGUCCCGUUGUCGGAGAAAGUAGGCAAGGAAAUAUUUGCGCCGGUUGAGGUUCAAGGCAUAUUUAGGGAUUGGAUGGUACGGCGACUUUUUCGCGCUGAUAAUGCAGACCAGUUGCAAGCGCAGUCGCAUUUACCUUUAACCCUCGUCCCAAUCCGAAUCGACCUCGAAGUCCCCGCGCAUCAACCACUUGAACCAUUCCCACUACCGCGAAAUGCUGCAGACCCUGGUCUGAACUCGACUCUUCCGGGUUACCGUCGGCCAGAGCCUGUUCCAGCAUAUCGCAUCAAAGACACUUUUCUGUGGAAUCUACAUGAGGCACACGCAACUCCUGACGAGUUUGCGAUCAAUUUUGUCCGUGAACUGGAUUUGCCUGAGCCGGCAAGGCUAGCUGAUGCUAUCUCCACGCAAAUUCGAUCGCAAUUAGAAGAAUAUGCAGGCGUGGCAUUACAUCCUCUAUUUCAGCAAGGUCAAAUUGCGCCGAAUCCGACAGAUCAGAUUAACGGACUCUCGAGAGACGUUUCUAUUACCCCCGCGCCAGUGACUGCCGUCACACCUAGUACCCCUGGCCGAAAUACUAUCGUGACUGCUACAAAGGAUCCUCUUGUGAACGAUAGUCUCCUCAACCCGGACGAUGCUUAUCGAUGUGUGGUCAACCUGAACAUUAAUUUGCAGAACAAACUUUACACUGAUAAAUUUGAAUGGUCAUUACUCCAUCCACCUGGAAUGGCCGAGGAGUUUGCCAAAAUCACUUGCGCAGAUCUAGGUUUGUCUGGUGAAUGGGUGAGCGCAAUCUCGCACGGUAUCUACGAGGCGGUCUUGAAACUCAAGAAAGAAGUCUGUGAAAGUGGUGGUAUGAUUAGCGGCGUCGGAGCCUAUGGAAACGAGAUCGACAACCAGGCCGCCAAUGGCGCUGAGGCUGGAUGGCGAUAUGAUCCUGAAGGUCUCGGUGAUGAAUGGGAGCCCAAAGUCGAGACCUUAUCUAAGGAGGAAAUCGAAAAACGCGAGGGAGACCGAGAACGCCAGAUUCGACGUUUACGAAGAGAAACUGCUCGAUUCUCAUCGACAGCUGGCAUCACACCAGAACUAUCUAGAACGAACUACUUCGACGUCGACAGCGAGACGCCUCUCGGAAGAGGUGAAAGAAGCAAGCGAAAACGACGCUUCCGCAGUAUCAGUCCGGUGGGCCGUUCUGGGACUCCUGGAGGUCGCGGCACUCCUGACACGGGCUCCGGGGCAGGAUAUGGCGGCGGKGGUGGAACGCUGUUGGAAAGUGAACGUGCUCAUUGGCGGUGCUUCAACUGUGGGGUCUUUGGCCAUGCAGUCUGGACUGUACGAGAUGGACCUGCUGGUCCAAGGACACUUUGCCCUAACUGUGGUCUUCUGUACGAGCGCGACAAGGUUCCACCCGAAUGGGCUAGAGGUCUUCACAGACACGACGUUCCUCUCAACCGACAUAUGUAA